AUGAAGAGGGGACUACGGUGGAAUGAUGAAGAAGAUGAUACAUCCUCUUCUGAUGAUUCCUCAACCCUAGAUACAGACACGGAAGAUAAUCAAGCCUCCAAAUCUACUAAAAAGAAUACAAUUCUAUCCACCAAGCAAAAAACUUGUCAAGUUGACUCUGCAAAGAAAAAGAGCAAAGGUGUCAACUUUGAAGCUUUGAGUCAACGUGGAUAUAAAGGAGGACUAUCAGUCUUGAGCAUCCCACCACCUAAAGAAUCUGAUCAGAAACAGGACUGGUCUUGGUCAUCGGGAAAGGGAACUUGGGCAAAGGAGCCGUUGGACUGA